UGAGAUGAAACUAGCGUGGAAGAAGAACAAGAAGAAGCGGCCUCUGGCCACCGUCUCCAAGUACCCGAACCUCCCUUUUGAUAUCAAAAACGACAACCCCAUUAGCCAAAACGACACAACAAACGAGCCCAAUGGUGUUCAAAACAACACGGAGCUGAACAAGGAACAACUCCAUGAGCCGAGCGAUCCCUCAGUCUCUGGAGAAGCAGAAGACAACGUUACCAACCUCUUUAACUCGUUUCAGUCUCAGGGAACCAAGCUCGCUGAGGAUGGGAAGUACCGGGAAGCAUUGGGAAAAUGGGAGUCUGCUCUUAUGCUGAUGCCCAAUACUGCAGUUUUACAUGAGCAGAAGGCACAGGUUUUGAUUGAAAUUGGUGAUGCGUGGAAUGCAAUAAAGGCUGCAACUCGAGGUACUGAGUUGGAGCCUUGUUGGGCUGAGGCAUGGGUUACUCUUGGCAGAGCUCAAUUAAACUUUGGGGAACCUGAUAGUGCUGUUCAAAGCUUUGACAAAGCAUUAGCCAUCAAGCCUGAUUCUGAAGAGGCUCGAGAUGACAGACAUACUGCAAUGAAUCUGAUGAAAAGGCGAAAGCAGCUCCAUUCAUCAGGCUUAAGUCCUACAAGAAAUCGUUAUGCAGUUGGGGAUAGCACUGAUAGGAUAUGAAAACUCUGGUAUGUGUAUAGAAGACUGGAAGAGUUAUGACGUGAACUGAUCUUAAGAGAACAAGAACAUGGUCAGAUUCUCUUCUCAAUGUUUGUGUAAGUUGUAUCUGAUGAAGUUAAAUAUAAUCCUACCGUCAUAUGAAGCAAUUACAAAAGAUCAAAUUUUUUUGUAUCAUCUUUUUUUUUUAAGACGUACUAUCAUUUAUUUCAGAAUUUGAAACUAGUUACAACUUUCAGUCUUUCACAAAAAAAGUUCGUGCUAUAGACUUCGCAAUUGCAUCCCGUA